AUGGUCACUCGAGUUCAAGAGGCCUGCAACCAGUACAACUUUGCGGUGAUCAACGGCGUCUUGCAAACGGCUGAUUCGCUUUUUAAGCGCUACGAAUUCGAGUACAAGUCCACCGAACUAUGGGCCGAAAUCAAAUUUGUCCUUGACACUUUUGCCAAGCCUUUCACUGAACUUUUUGUGUGGAUCGUCAAGCUGAUUCCUGAGCACUUUAACAAUGCGCAAAACAUCAAAAUCAUUGCGAAAUCGCUGGUGUAUUGCUCAAAGAUCUACUACAGCUUGAACAUUCAAGAUCUUCCCGAGUUCUUUGAGGACAAUAUUGACGUGUGGAUGACGAAUUUUGCCGAGCUUUUGCAGAUGGAAAACAAAAUUCUGCAAAGCGACAAUCCUGACGAGCCAGGCGUUCUUGAAGAUUUAAAGUCUCAAAUUUGCGAAAAUAUUGGCCUCUAUGAGGAAAAGUACAAUGAGGAGUUUGAAAAGUACCUCGGUGGCUUUAUUCAACAAGUGUGGAAUCUUCUCGGGUCAAUCAACAGUGACGCCAAGUAUGACAGCCUGGUGAGCAAUGCCAUUCGCUUCCUGUCCAUUGUUGCCGAGCGCGGUCUUCACAAGGAGAUAUUUGAGCAAGAGCAAGUCCUCCAGCAGAUUAGCUCUCGAAUCAUUAUUCCCAGCAUGGAGUUUCGCGAGUCUGAUGAAGAGCUCUUUGAGGACAAUCCUGAGGAGUACAUUCGCCGUGACGUUGAAGGGGCCGAUGUGCACACCCGACGACGGGCCGCCUGUGAUUUUGUAAAGUCCCUCGCGAAGCACUUUGAGAAGCCAAUGACUGACGUGUUUAGCAAGUACAUUGAGAGUAUGUUGACAAACUUUGCCCAGAAUCAGCAGCAAAACUGGAAGAGCAAAAAUGCCGCCAUUUACCUGGUGACUUCGCUGGCUGCCAAGGGCGGCUCUGUGCGACUGGGCANUGACUUCUUCAACAAUGUUAUUCGCGCUGACUUGGAACGUGCAGAUCUGAAUGAACUGCCAGUGCUGCGAGCGGACGCACUAAA